UCUAGCAUUUUAACAUCCAUGACUGGCAGAGAAAUCCUCCAUAAGAUCAUGAAGGCGAAAGCAGGGUUUGGAACAUCAGCAUCAGACACAGGGAAAGGAAAAAGCAAAAUAUCAAAUCAUAUUACACAUGGCUUUCACUUGGUGAAGGGAAAAUCAAGCCAUCCUAUGGAAGAUUAUUUGGUUUCAGAAUUUAAGCAAGAAAAGGACAAAGAAUUAGGUUUGUUUGCUAUAUUUGAUGGCCACUUAGGCCAUGAUGUUGCAAGCUAUUUGCAGAACCACCUUUUUGAAAACAUCUUGAAACAGCAUGACUUCUGGAUUGAAACAAAAAGUGCAGUAAAGAGAGCUUAUCUUGAAACAGAUGAGGAAAUAUUGGAACAAGCACUUGUCUUGGGACGAGGAGGAUCAACAGCAGUGACUGCAAUACUAAUUGAUGGUCAGAAGCUUGUAAUAGCAAAUGUUGGUGAUUCUCGAGCUGUUAUUUCUGAGAAUGGAAAGGCUAAGCAACUAUCUGUUGAUCAUGAACCAAGCAAGGAAAAAAUAUAUAUUGAGAGCCGUGGUGGUUUUGUAUCAAAUAUUCCAGGAGAUGUCCCUCGUGUGGAUGGACAACUGGCAGUAGCAAGGGCUUUUGGUGACAAGAGUCUGAAGAUGCAUCUUAGUUCAGAACCUGAUGUGGUUGUACAGGAGGUAGACCAACAUACAGAGUUUCUUAUUCUGGCUAGUGAUGGAAUAUGGAAGGUUAUGUCAAACCAAGAAGCAGUGGAUUCUAUUAGACAAAUAAAGGAUGCUCAGGCUGCAGCAAAGCACUUGAUAGAAGAGGCUGUUUCCAAGAAAAGUAAGGAUGACAUAUCCUGCAUAGUUGUCAAGUUCCAACAAUGACAUGCUUAUGGAUAAGAGGAGCAAUCUUUUCCUAAGCACAAGCUGAUAUGUGUGUGUGUCUGUAUAAGUUGAAUUUGUUGUUCUUUUCUAAGCUAAAUGCUUGUAGAAAUUCGUAAGAACUGAUUGCAUGUAUAAAUGGCCAAUCAAACUUUUACUUCUUUU